AUGGGUCAAAUGAUUAAGAUGGAAGCAAGCUACGACACCUUAUCAAUUAUGUCGAGCGUGUCUGUACGGAACCAAAGAAAACCGCUUUCUUCGGGAAAGCAAUGGUUAGAAAAGGCGAUUGAAGAAAGAUACGUUAAAUGUAUUGAAUUUUCGCGGUUUAAAAAUAUACAAGAAAUUGGCACAGGCGCAUUCGGUAAAGUCAGUCGUGCCGAAUGGGUAACAGGCGGUGUAAAAUUAACCGUUGCCCUGAAAAGUAUAAAUGCUUUUGAUUAUUCUCAAGAUAACGAUGAAAUUUACAAAGAAUUUAUCAAAGAACUGUCAAACCAAAUUAAUUUUCAUCCAUAUAUAUUAAAAUUCUUUUGCGUUUCGCGUAAAGCAUAUUUCGAUCCACAUUGUCAUGAUCCCAAAAUUCCCCGUAACGAGAAAUCUGAUGUGUUUAGUCUUGGUGUUCUACUCUGGGAAUUAUCUAGUGGUCGAACGCCAUUCUUUGGGAAAUCUCGUCAGGAAAUUCUUUCCUGCAUUGCCAAAGGCGGGCGUGAAACUCCCACCCCUGGGACCCCGUCAAGUUACGUGGAACUUUACGUUAACUGCUGGAAUGGCAAUCCGGAAAAGCGCCCAUCGGUCAAUAGAGUGAUGGCAAAAUUAGCAGAGCUUGAGGAAAUAGGAUGGAUCGAGGAAGAUGUGCCUGCUCAACCCGAAGCCUUAACACCAUGUGUUCCCGUCGUGGAUACUCAAAGCGAUUCUAGUAUCUUGCAAUCGUGUGAUUCGUUAACACAAAAUAGUUGGCAUCAAGAGUACACCUUGGAUAUGGAAGGGAUAGUUAAACAUAUAAAAAAUGGAGAUCUUGCGAAACUGGAGGAUUCGAUGAUCACUUUUCCCAGAGGUCGGAAUAUUCGAAUCGAUUUGAAGAAGCUAGACAAACAAAUUGACAAUGAGGGGAACAUGCUUGAAGGUGUCGUCCUUGCGUGUCCCCCCAAAUCACUCAUUAACAUGUUGAAUCAUUUGUCGAAAACAUUGACCGAGGAUCCCCCGAUGUCUAAGAAACGGUUACUUAGUUUUAUUUGUAGGAACAUUGGGUUCAUGGGUAAGAAUCGGGAAAAGGAAAUAGAAAUAUUCAGAGAAGUAGUCGCUUGGGUUAUGAAAGAUUUCAAGUUCUUUGAUGGCCAAGAAUAUAGCCCCCUCCAUCACCUCUGUGAUUUCUCUGUUCCAAUCUAUGAAAGAUUUGACGUUCUCAUUUCAGCCGGUAUUGAUGUCAAUGUCCUCGAUGAAAGGGGAUUAUCUCCCUUUCUAUGGGUGCUUUAUAAAAGACCACUUAAAAAAUCUCUUCUCAGAUGGCUUGGAGAAAAAGGAGGGAAACCUGUAUCCGAACAAGUUUUUUGCAACCAUCUAACGGCAACCAUGUUUACCACGUGGGGAAAAGAUGACCUGAAAAGUGUUGCUGCUGUAUUUUAUAAACACAAAAUCAAGAUUACCAACAUCAAAAAAGAACAAAUGUCUCUGCAUGUGUAUAUUAUUAAGUACGGGUUAUUGGAACAAGUUGAAAAGAUGUUUGAAUAUUUCUGGGAUUGUUAUGAUUCCAGAGUGGUGAAUGAAGCCCUUAAGUAUGCAGAGGGUAAGAAAAAAAUAUAUCUUUUGGAUUUGGAAAAAAAUCUGAAAAGACGACGUCUUGAAUUUGAAAAAAAUCUUGAAGUUUAA